AUGAAUUCAAUAACACCCGAAGCUGCUCGUAAUGUCUUAAAGGAUACACCAAAUGGUGUUCAAGACAUUGGCGUGGUUUUUAUUGGAAAGGACAAAAAGAGGACCAAAGUCACUUUUAUUAAGAAAAAUGAUCAAACCAAGAACAAUGGAUGUAUUGCUAAAUAUGGAGACAAAUUCCUUGUUGGAUAUACUGAAGAUAAGACUAAAUUUUAUUUGGGAACUAUAGACGCGUCAGUUACUAUAAAAGACCAAUUUGAAGAAGUAACCGAUGUAACUGGUUGGGGAGAUAGAGAUGACUCUUUCAGAAGUUUGAGUAGUGGAAACAUUUUCUGGGUCAAAGCACCACAAAAUAAAGGAAAUAAACUUGUUAUUUACGAAUUUAAUACAGCUGGUACUGUGGACCCUACACAUGAAAUUCACAAUGGAGUCGUGUUGGGAUAUCUUGCAUUAUUUGUGGGAAUACUUCUGAUGUUGAUUUAA